AUGUAUGUCAUGUCACACAUGACAAGCUGCUUCGCUCGUCAAACUUUCGCGACUGCCUAGCAGUACGAAAGCAGCAUUAUCAUUACAAUAUUGAAUGCUUUUUCACUUUACAAUGGUUGUACGGUAUUUCCCUGGCGGGAUGUUUGACUGAAAUCCCAUUGAAUGGUGGCGUAGAACCUGGAUGUAGUUGUGGCGGUUAAAGAAAUUUGUUUAUAUGUGGAGUUCCCAAUCUGAGGAGACGAAAAUGGCACAACAAGACUUAUCUUAUGCAUUUCAGCCUGUUAUCCAUGAACCACUUUCCAGAGCAGAUGUUUCCAGCCUAAGCCCUAAAGACUGUGCCCUAAACAAUGAAACUAACUCUGAGCAAAAAGAAGUUAAGGAUUUAUUUGUAGAUUACAGUUAUCUUGGCUAUGAUGGCAAUAAGGCAGCUGAUACUGAUGAUGGAAGCAUUUCUCCUGUUUCUUCUGAAGCCCAAAAUGAUGAAAAAGAGGCCUUGGCAAGCAUCGAAGAAGCAGACAAAUGCAGAAAUAAUCAUCCAAGAAAAGCCAUGUCACUUUAUUUGAAAGCUGGCAAAGCUCUUGUCUUGUGCAAUCAAGCCGAUAGUGCGCUGAAGUGUUUCAGAUCGCUCAUACUGCUAGCCACGGAACAAUUAAACAGAGUAAAGAACGAAAAGAAGAAAAUUCCAAAGUUAAUAAGAUCCGAGUCAGAAACAGAAUCUGAAACAAAGGAAAGAAAUAAAGUAGCAAGAACAAAGAGCUGUGAUUUACCUAAAAAACAAAAGAGCACUGAAAUGCUGUCCCCCGAAAUUACUCGGAGAAAUUGCCAGUCAUUCAGUGAAUGUGAUAAUGAUGUUGAAGACGCCAACCUGGAGGUGGCUGUAGAAGAGGUAGUACAACAAGAUAUGUGUGAAUUUGUUGCUGUAGAAGAAGUUAAUAACGUGGAAGAGAACACGGGUGGAAUUGUUAUGGAUAGUGUUGAGCAAGAGGUUUUUGUACCAGAACAAAUGACUUCGUGUGAGCCUGUUAUGGAGAUGGAAGUUCAACAAGAUUUACCAGUGUUUUCAGUCAGUGAAGUUAAGGAUAUUUCAUCUACUGAAGAAAUGACAAUGUCUUGUGAGAGUCCGGACGGUGUUUGUGUUGUAAAUUGUUUUGAGACUGUAGCGUCAUUAGACUUUGAAGUAGCAACAGUGGAAUCACUGGAUGACUCGGCUAGUACUCAUAGUAGCACCAGUAACGAGGAUAUUGUACAGACAUUAAAUACUGAAAUAGUCAUGUUGGAAUGUAAUGAUGAAGUAAUGAUGUCAGCCGAAGAGGUACCAGCCAAUCCACAACAAAAUGCCUUCAUUAGGCGAGGGUAUGUAGUGAGUGAGUUGAUUGACACAGAGGAGAACUACAUCCGGGACCUUGGGCAUGUCAUUAAGGGUUACAUGGCUGCUCUGUCUAAAGAGUUUAACGUUCCAAACGAACUCAAAGGAAAAGAAAAAGUUAUAUUUUCAAACAUCCAAAAUAUCCACGAGUGGCAUUCAUCGGAUUUUGUCAAAGAUCUUAAGGAAUGCGAAGACGAUCCAUCAAAAUUAGGCGAAGUCUUCUCUUCCGCAGAAACAAAACUCGAAGAACUAUAUACGAUAUAUUGCAGAUCAAAAGCCAAGUCUGACGAGCUUGUCCUUCCUCAUAAGGAAUCCUUUUUUAAAGACUGUCGAAAGAGACUAGGGCAUCGCUUGCAGCUUUCAGAUUACUUAAUCAAACCAGUACAAAGAAUUACAAAGUACCAGUUAUUACUUAGGGAUAUUUUGAAGUUUACGGAAAAAGCAGGGGAAGAUGGUAGCGAAAUCCAGCGGGCCCUUAAUGUGGCACUAAGAAUCCUGAAACGAACCAAUGAUAUGAUAUCCGUUGCUUCGAUACAAGGAUAUGACGCAAAGCCGGAUGAUACUGGGGAUCUCAUUCUCAGGGAAACUCUUGAAGUCGCUGAAGGGAAAUAUCGACAAAAGAUGAAGGAACGCAAUGUUUUCCUGUUCGAAAAACUUAUCGUUGUUACAGAGGCUCUCGAAAAAGAAGGAGGAGUAACGGAAUUACGUUUUCAUAACAGUAUUAAGACCCGUGGUCUAGGACAGACAGAAACAGUGGACAGUGAUCCUUGUAAAUGGGCCGUGUGGCUGCGGAAACGGAGCAACGCAGAGAUAUACGUGUUCAGGGCUCCAUCCAUCGAAGUCAAAAACACGUGGGUCAAACACAUCAAAGAAUGUAACCUAAAAAAGAAAGCUCCAGGACUUCUUAAAUCUUUAUAUCGGUCAAGAACCUUUCGCAGAGAAGAGUCAGACGCUAAGGAAAUGCUAGACGCUUUGACACCAAACUUACUAUCAGUUGAAGACGGACCUGCGGAGUGUGGAAGUGAUAGGAAAUCUAGGCGAAAAAGUUCUAAAGUCAUGUCAAGAAAGAAGAAAAAUUCAGCCAUUUCAGACAGACUGAAGGAAAACAUUCUGAAGUUUCGUGCUGAAGAGCAGAUGCUUUCUGUCGAAGAACCUUGUGAAGUAUCAUACGCUGAACCGCCCGAUAGCUUAAGCUUUUCGCAAGCCGAUAUUCCUCAAUCUCCUGUCUCACCCGAUCCACUAGCCCAGCCAGAGUCUACUAUCCAACGGCGAAUAAAGAUUGAGACUGAGGAGAAUCAGCUGAAAAAGGUAUUGUUGCUGACUCGUUUGAUCGCGGCAAGGCUACUCCAAACAAAAGACGCGGCUGAGGCUCUUUCCUUGUAUGAAGAUGUGAUUGGGAGUGUUUUGCCGGUUGAAGAACUCAGAAAAUACGAAGGGUCCAUUACUUCACGAGAUCUACUGCUUCAGCAUUGUACUGAAAUUUACGACAAAUGGCGAAAAGAGAAUGUCUUUACAAGUGAAGACGCAGAAGAGCCCUAUACAUCAAUAACAAGCCAUUUAAGCGAAACAGCAGGAUUUUGUAGUUUACACAAAGGGAAUCCUUGGUCUGUAGUCCUGUACACAGUGAGUGCAAUGGCAGGCAGUCGUGAGCAAAAAUGGCGCGAUGCUUCACAAGCCUUUUAUCGGUUGUCACUUGUUUACAGUGCACUCCAAGCAACAUCGUGUGCGGUGGAUAGUCUAGUUGAUGCGCACUGGAUGUGUUGUCAUGCAGGAGACUACCAAGGAGCUGUCAAUUUAUUCUACAAUGCUUUCAUAAGAUCAUUAGCAUGUAGAGAUCUAAUAAGAUGCUUGAGGUUCGAACAGCAAGGCUUAUAUCUAGUGGAGAGAUUAACAAACAAAGACAAUAACAACAACUGUGGCGCCGAAGAUGACAAUGAAUCGCGAGGACUUGUGUCUUCUCAGCACCUGGCCUUCCUCAUCAACAUGAGUCGUGCUACCAGACGUAAGGACUGGGCUUGGUUUGAAUUCGCUGAAACAGAAUUAAACAUUAUAGUCAAUUUGACUAGUGGUCGACAGGCAGGCGCCAUUUUAUCAGCCGUAUUCAAGAAAAUGAGAAACGCUAUUGGAGAAUCCUCGAUGGAAUCAUUUGCGUGACCUCCACAAAAUCCUCAUGAUUGACGUUCAAUCUCUCUGUAUGGACACACCCUCAAAUAAAGCCAAAUAUCCCACAGUAAUACGUUGUCUAUUGGAAGGACCCAUUCAGCAAAAGCCUAAAACGGCAGAUAGACAUGGUAUAUGAGUGAAUUAGAUUAAUAAAGAUCAAUAAGGUUUUAUUCAAAAACGAAAAGGUGACUAUCGACUUAUACGGAUCAUAACGGAAAGUGACAUACAAUUAUUGGAUGAGGUUGAGCAUGUUCUCGUAAAUUAUCAAGACCGAGGGUGUGUCAAAGCCUCAAUAGGCUGAGGCGCAGAAAACAAACAAGGUCUUGAUAAUUUACGAUAUCACGCGAAAUGUUUUUUUUAUACAUUUUAUGAACUGAGAAUAAAGGUUUACAGUCAAACCGGGUCAGGCGUUGCCCCCAAGAAUGCAUUAUUAUAUAGAUUGAGGAUCUAUGUCUCUAAUUGGUUGCUAAGAGGUUUCCCGGCUCCUAAAGUCUUCCUUUCCGAUUUCUGGUAGCCAGGAAGCCCGUCGCCAACAGUUUUCCAAGAUAUUUUCUAUAUAUGGAAUAUCCUUCUUUUAAUCCAAYCAAAUAAUUCGUUUACAUAUUUUCAAACGAAAUGCAUUCUUGAAACAAACAAUGGUUCAAAUAAUCAUAUAAUCGAAUGAAUAAUGCUUUCUUGGGGGAUAAGCUUGACCUGGUUUGACUGUUAUUCUGUARUCGAAAAAAAUAUCUAACGUAUUUUAAUUUCUAUUGCGAUCUUGAGUGAACUUGACAUGAUAAAUGUAUUAUCUGUAGAAAAACCUACAGUACAGAUGAUACCUUUAUUAUGUCAAGUGCACAUGAUGUCAGGGAUUGGCUGAAGGUUCUCGGCCAAUCAGAAGCGAUCUAGUGAGUAAAAUGUAAAAUAAACUUAACUGAAUAUGCACUUCGUACUGAUCCGUAUCAAAGCUACUUUUUGCAGACAUUAUUUUUGCCAUGCAUUACAUUUUUUUACUAGAAUUUGGAUAAACUCCAGCUAUAACGAAAAAUCAAUUGUUUAGUCAAAGAGUUGUUGUUCUAUUCUCGACUUCAAACUUCAAAUAUUCUAUUAUGAUUUUAUGUAUUUCAUUAUAACUUCAGAUGUAAACAGUUCAUCUUAUCUGCAAAUUAUAAUGAAAUUUUGAGGAAAGGUUUUUUCGACAUCCUUGCUAAGUUAUAAUUGGUUAUGUUGCAAUGUUUCUCGAUGAAAUUGCGCUUUGUUUUUGUUAUGAAAUAAGGUCAUUCAAUGUAUUUAAAAAUACUAAUAAAAAUGGCCAGGUCGAGAAAUGCUUGGUAUUUAGGGGAUCAUGAUAUUCCCCCUUAACCAGGCUUAUUAUUCUAAGAAAUUCCAAAGAAACGAACCAGUACGGUCAAAUAACACUAUCCAAAUGAGAAUUGUAAUAUAAGAAGAUUAUUUUUCUAUUGUUCUGUCUAAAUCUCUAAAGGCAUUUAAAGUGCAUGUCGAAUUAACUAUGGACAUUAGCAUGAGAAAACGCUUCRGGGGCGGAUCCAGUGACGAUUACAAAGGUUUUACUAGGAAUUCGAAGAAAAGGGAGGGAGGGGGGAUGAAAUUUGAGCAAAAGGGGGUGACUAGUCAGCCCUUUUUCCACACCUGGAUGCGCUCCUUCGCUUUUAAGAAUUAACUUGUUGUCAGUUGUAUUUGUAGCUCAUCUAAAGUGAGUAAAAACGAUGCGUAUAGAAAGUUUCAGGCAGUGUACUAAUAACUUUUAUAUAAUGAUAUUGAAAGUGUUAAGGAUUAAGGUUAAUACAAAUAAGUGCUAUCCAUUAAAUUAAAGAUGUUUUGUUGACA